GUUUUUUGGCGACGUCACAUCUAGGAAAGUACACAUUCCUGUCAUAGUGCAUUACUCGAACACAAGAAGACCUUUAUUUUUAUGAAAAAACGGCCGCUGACUGUCUUAUGAAAUAUCGUAAUAAUUAGCUAUUAUUACACCAAGAUUUCUGUAAUAACCAGCUACAUUAAUUUUUUUUCAAGCAAAUAGCGUUAGCUGGCUGUCCAACGAGCUAACUGUGCUAUCUAACGUUAGCUAGCUAUGUUUACUUUCGUCUUCAAGCUUCGUUGAUCAGUCACGGGUGCAACAACCCUGCAAGGGAAACAUGGGCGAUUGUGAAGUUUAAACGUCUAUUUUUAUAUUGCCCAUUGAUCAAUUUUGUUUACGGACAUCAGACAGGGGAGCUAAAUUAAUAGCUAAGGUUAGUUAGCAACGCUAGCUGACUAGCAACACCAACGAAGCAAUGGAUAAGCCUCCUUUCAGACAAAACCAAAACUGCGGGAAUUGGGAAUUGAAAGAGAGAUUGGGCAUGGGCGGUUUUGCCCAUGUCUACCUGUAUCAACAUCAUGACACAUCAGAAAAAAUUGCGGUGAAAAUGUGUCGCCUGGAGUUGACAGCAAGAAACAAAGACAGAUGGAGCAGAGAGAUCCAGAUCAUGAAAAAGUUGAGUAAUCUCAAUGUAGUGACAGCCAGAGAUGUGCCAGAGGAGAUGAAGCACAUUGCCUUAAACGAUCUUCCACUGCUGGCCAUGGAGUACUGUUCCAAGGGAGACCUCAGAAAGAUGCUGAGUAAGCCUGAAAAUUGCUGUGGACUGAAAGAAAGUGAAGUACUUUCCCUGCUCAAUGACGUUGGUUCAGGCAUCCAGUAUUUGCAUGAAAACAAGAUCAUACACAGAGACCUUAAACCAGAAAACAUAGUGCUCCAGGAAGUCAAUGGAAAGUUGGUUCACAAAAUUAUAGACUUGGGCUAUGCCAAAGACUUGGACCAGGGGAGUCUGUGCACUUCAUUUGUGGGAACACUGCAAUACCUGGCCCCUGAAUUAUUUGAGAAUAAGCCUUACACUGUCACCGUGGACUACUGGAGUUUUGGCACAAUGAUAUUUGAAUGCAGUUGUGGGUUCCGGCCUUUUCUGCACAAUCUUCAGCCUGUCCAGUGGGCCAGCAAAGUGCGGAACAAAGGUCCCAAAGACAUCAUGGCUGUGGAGGAAUUGAAUGGGGAAGUCAGAUUCUCCACACAUUUACCAUACCCCAACAAUCUGAGCAGGACACUCCUGGAGCCCAUGGAGAUGCUGCUGCAGCUGAUGCUGAAAUGGGACCCUGUCCAGAGAGGAGGCAAGACUAACGCUGACAGCAAGAAACCCCUGUGCUUUGAAGUGCUGGAACAGAUAUUAUGCAUGAGGGUUGUCCACAUCCUGAACAUGACCACGGCCCAGGUCCACUCAUUCGAGCUGGCCCCAGAUGAGAGCCUCCAUAGCCUGCAGCGCCGCAUCGAGACUGAGACCAAGAUCGAGUUGGUCAACCAGGAGCUGCUGCAGGAGACAGGGGUGUCGCUGGACCCCAGGAAGCCCGCAGCCCAGUGUGUCCUCGAGGGGGUGCGAGGCUGGGACAGUUACAUAAUCUAUUUGUUUGACAAGAGUCUCACCAAGUACUCUGGUCCCUUCAGUGCUAGACAGCUGCCUGAUAAAGUCAACAGUAUUGUGCGGGAGGCUAAGUCCCAGCUGCCCCUGGUGGUGCUGAAGAAGGUGUGGGGCGAGGCGGUGAGCUACAUCUGUGGAUUGAAGGACGACUACAGUAGACUGUUCCAGGGCCAGAGAGCUGCCAUGCUGAGCCUCCUGCGCUACAACACCAACCUGACCCGGUGCAAGAACGGCAUGUUUGCCUUCUCCCAGCAGCUGAAGGCCAAGCUGGACUUCUUCAAGAGCAGUAUCCAGUACGACCUGGAGAAGUACAGCGAUCAGAUGCACUAUGGGAUCUCCUCUGAGAAGAUGCUGAAAGCUUGGCAGGAGAAUGAGGAGAAGGCGGCUGCAUAUGCACAGGUGGCCGAGGUGAGCCACCUGGACGAGGAAAUCAUGUCGUUACACUCAGAGAUCGUGGAGCUGCAGAGGAGUCCCUACGCUCGUCGCCAAGGAGACAUCAUGGAGCAGCUGGAGGACAAGGCGAUUGAACUCUACAAACAACUAAAAAUGAAAUGCCGAACGCCUGACCCUGGUGUGAGCAGUGACAGCUCAGAGAUGGUUAAAGCCAUUAUACAGACUGUCCAGAACCAGGACAAGGUCCUGAGAGACCUUUACACACACCUCAGUAAGAUCUUAUUGAGCAAGCAGAAGAUCAUUGACCUGUUCCCGCGCAUCGAGAAGACACUGGAGAACAUCAAGGAUGCCGACAACACCGUGAUGCAGAUGCAGAUUAAGAGACAGAGAGAGUUCUGGCACCUAUUGAAGAUUGCCUGUGCUCAGAAUUCUGCAAGGAACUCGAUAGCAGCCAGCCCAGAGUCGUCCAACCCUCUGCAGGUGUCCCAGUGGGCCCAGUCUGCCCAGCCCAUCAGCUCCCCUCACCCACUCACCUCCCUACCUGGACCCAAUGACAGUGAUGCUGCCCCACGACUGCUUCAGGAGAACCAGAAGUACCUCAGUCAGCUGACCAGCCUGAUGCAAGAAGCUGCUGACGAGCAGUCCAAAAGCGUAGUGGACCAAGAUUGGAGCUGGACUAAAUAUGAAACGUCUACAAAACUGCAAAAACGAAAUGUGUGAAUUCGUCAACCACAGGAGACUGCUGAGGGGAGGAUGGAUCAUAAUAAUGGCUGGAAUAGAGUGUAUGGAAUGGCAUCAAACACAUGGAAACCAUGUGUUGAAUACCAUUCCAUUCAUGCUUGUUCCAGCCUUUUAUAUGAGCCCGCCCUCCCCAAUUCAGGUGCCACCGGCUGUCUCUGAUGUCAACAACAAAGGCAUUGUCUAGCUAAUCCCUGCCUGCUCUCCAACCAAGUAACACUAAGGACUGAAUGUCGUUAACAAAAUGGAGUCACGGUUAUGUUGUACAUUUUGAUGUGUGGUCAUCCACUUUAACGACUAGCCGGAGGGCCCCCCCUCACCUUUUCCUCACUGAUUAUUGUGCAAAUCUAAGUACCACUAUUCAUCAAAAUCCACAUUUUACUAUUAAUAUCAUAUCAAAGUAUCUAAACUGUUAAAUCAGGCGAACUGUAGCAUCUGAUUGUGAGUGAAAGUUUUGUAAUGAUGGAGUAUAGCUACAGUGUGUUUGGGCUAUGGAAAUGGGACUGAUAAGAAAGCUUGAUAUGCAUGCACAUUUGUAUUGAGCCUUAUCAUCAUGUCUCCUGAUGUGACUCAACACAAGGAAAACCACAAAAGAUGGAGGUGGUAAAAGGAAAUUACAAUCAAGCAACAGCACUUUGACACUCCCAAGUAUCCUGGUUCCCUUCUAUACAGAGGAAGUAGUCAGACAUCUGGGGGAUGGAUGCCCUCUAUAAUCCUGUUUAUGAGUCAAUCAUCCAAUGGGACAGGAAAUAUAUAAACUAUUUAAAAUAAAGUCGUGCAUCGAUCAAGGGGAUGGGGUUUUGAUCAUGUGUGAAUCUUAUUUUGAUUUAAGAAAAGUAUUCUAUCAUGACUACACACUUUACAUAGAAGGGGGGGGAAAUAUGGAAAUCCCAUAGUUACUUUGUGACAAAGGAUGCUGGUCUGUUUCAUAUGUUGAAAUUGUUGAUAUGUUUAAACCUGAAAAAUGGAAUACAUACCACAAGUUAAAUUCAGUUUUUUGUGUGCAUUCUUUUCACUGGAUGCUCAAUGUAAGGAAACAAAUGGCGGGACAUGGUAAAUUAUUGAAUGUACUGUAGUUACAACCUUUGAGGUAUAACUUAAGUGUUGACUGUAACGAAUAUAAAGUGGAUGCUGUGCUCCAGAAAUAUGUAUUUCUGUAGUUAAGUGCAAUGGACAACAUUUAUUUUUAGUGGUUAAGUGAAAUAUCAGUUUCCUUCAUUAAGGUUUGUGUCCAUCUGAUGGUUUUAACCUGUCUAUGAAUGUUUACUUUCUAGCAAUUGUAUAGAUUAACAUUUUCUUGGUAUUACAAUAAAAAAUUACUUUGGCAUGAA